UCCAUUUUGGCGUCGGGUUGUAUUGGUAUCCAUCAACCGUUCAAGUCUCCAUUUACUCAGAAACUUUCGCGCCGCUUCGAAUAAAGCUUGAGAAUAGGCUACCAACGAGUUCGGUACAACUUCUCUGUUGAAAUCGGGUUUCUGUGACGAUAAAACCCGUCAGGUGUAUGCAAAAGAAGAAGCGCUAUUGUUGUAGAUAACCUGAUUGAACUGCAGGCGCUAUGGGCCUUCUAGAUGAUGUCAAGGAGAUUUUCGGUGCUGACACGCUUUAUGAGGUGCUGGGUGUUAAAAAGUCCGUCCGAUCUGAUCUAUUAAAAAAGGCCUACCGCCAAAAAAGCCUGCUCUGUCAUCCAGAUAAAGCUAAUGAAGAAAAUAAAGAAGAGUUUACGAAAAAGUUUCAGAUUCUCUGCAAGUGUUAUGAAAUUUUAUGCGACGAAGAAAAGCGCAAGAUCUACGAUGAGACAGGAUCCGUGGACGACGAUUCAUUUGACGAGAAAAAAGACUGGAAAUCCUUCUGGCGAACACUGUUUCCGACGGUGACCGACAGCCAAAUACAGGACUUCUUUGAUAAAUACCACGGCAGUGAGCAAGAGCGCGAAGACCUCAAGCGUGCGUAUGAAAAAACCAAAGGCGACAUGAACAAAAUUGCAGAAUGUUUCAUUGGAUACGAUGUCGAUGAUGAAGAUCGUCUUUGCAGCCUUCUCCAAAAAAUGAUCGAUGAUGAAGAGAUUCCUGAAUAUAGGGCUUUCACCAAGGAAACUGCUUCAAGUAAAGCCAAACGGCAAAAGAAGUUUGCCCGUGAGGCAAAAGAAGCGGAAAAAGUUAAGAACGAGAUGAGCAGUCUGGAAUUAAUACUAAAAAGACGCGCUCCUGAGGGAGAUGAUUUCUUGGCGGCGCUUGAGGCCAAAUAUUCCAAACCUAAAAAGAAAUUGGCUAGAUCAAAAAAGUGAAGCGGCGGCUUUGAAAAAGAUUGUUAAAUCGUUUUCACCGAUUUUUUCUAGUGAUAUGAAAAUGGUAACGUUGAAGAUACCUAAACAUACAUGUUUAAAGAAAUGCAACUAUAUUUUCAUAACACGGAAAAAAAUUGUCUAGUUUGCGAACUCCAAAAUUAAAUAGCUUUUUUCAAAAAUAAUAAUUAUCAGUUAAAACUGAAGGAUUGGUGUAUAUAAAAAAGCUACAAAAAGAACUGUAAAGACCCAGAUAAUUUCGAAUAUAUAUGCCAACUAGAAUCAUUAAAAUCAGCGAUUCUAAUAACUGUAGUCCCGAAAGAUUAUUGAGCCAUAUCUUACAGUUGACGAAGUAAGAUUAGACCAUUACAAACUAAAUAUAAUGUAUUGCGAAAUUGUAUAGGUCAAAAUCGGACAGAAAAAGACCUUUGUUGCUUUCCCGCAGCAUCGUUAGUGUAAAAGAUCUAAAAACGAAGACGAAAAAUGGCCAACUUUUAUUAAC